AUGGACCAAAACGAUGGCACUGUCAAAGACGAAGACCGUCUAAGACUUCUUGAAGAGAAAAUUGGACAACUCAAAGGUUAGUGGACAGAAUUUAUAUUAUUUUAGGUAAUAAUGUUUAAUUUUAAUUUUUUUGUGAUGUAUAAGAUUAUUUUUGAUCUUUUACAGACUUCUCAUGGCUAUAGGCUAUUUUUUGACAAUUUAACUUCCAUUAUCCACAAAAUUUCAACUGAUCUGUAAUGUUUUAGCCAAAGUUGAGAGCAGACCGGUAAUUGAAGACAGAUUCUUCGACAAUCCAGUGUUCAGCGACUUCAGAGUGAAAGUCGGCCAGAGAACCUUCCAUGUAAGUCAAAACCUAUUUCUUUAUUCGAAUUUUAGGUAACAAAAUACCAUCUUGCCAGAGCUUCGCCCGUUUUCGAGCGAAUGUUUUUGUCGUGUUUCAAAGAAGCGACAGAUGGAAUCUUGCAGUUGCAGGAUGACCCAGAAGCUGUGGAAUUUGUCCUCAAAUACAUGUAUAUGAAGACUCGAGUCGAGAAUUUCGAAAUGGCGAGAGAGGUCGUGGUUAUUGCGCAUCGUUACGAAAUGAAUGAUCUUGUUGUGAGUGUUUCUUUAUUUUGGUGAUGAAAAAUGGGUGUUAUGAUUCCGAAAUUAGAUGAAUCAGAUGCUUUAUGAUGUUCAGUAAGUAAGCGGACAAUCGAGCAUUAAUUAUUAGCGAAAUAUAUUGAGUUAUCAACAAAAUUUAUAUUAUACAUACCUAUUUAUUGGUUAAUACAGUGCGUCCCAGGUUUUUGGUUCCACCCCAUUUUUUGAUCAUAUCUCUGGGGGUUUUUUCUCAAAUGCCAUGAAAUUUUACACAAGUGUUAACCAACCUUUGAGAAUAAGCUAUGCGAAGUUUCAUCCCAAUUGGCUUCAGUACUCUGACGUUAUGGCGAUUUUUUAAAAAUUUUGGGUGUCCCAGGUUUUUGGUUCCACGUGGAAAUUUGCGAGUUUUUUGGUCCGGUUUUGAACCAACCUGCUCUUAAUACUAUUCAUCUUGUACUCUGUAGUAUUAGAAAGGGUAUUACAUUCGUAUCUGCCGUACUUUUUCGACGGAGUGGCCCCACGAGCCAUCUCCGACCUUGUACAUCAGGUAAACAUUGGUUUUAAAAAAAAAUUCCGAUUAGUGAUUUAUUUCCCGCAAGAAACAACUUAGAGUACUUGUACCAAAUGCAAGAUGUAAAACAAACCGAUACCGAUUAGUUUGAAGUCAUUUAAUCGACCUUUUAAGUCAUUUAAGCUACCGUUUACCUUCUACAGUAACCUUCAAAGGCCCUAAAAACACAGAAAAUUACUAUCUAUGGGAACUUUUUGCCCCGAAAAUCAAACUCAGCAUGUUAAUAAACCUAUAGCUGUAUCUUGUUUCUUGCUUAAAUGUUCUAUCUGGCGCAGGUGGUUGGUUCAAGGAAAAAUGGGUAAAAGCAAGCCUAUUUUGGCCUAUUUUUUUGUAGAACGAACUUUACAGACCCGAUUUAUUCUGAAACGGCUAAUGAUUGUAGCAUUACGUUUUCAGGCACGCUGCGUUCAAAUUUGCAUGUCAAAUUUUGUGAUUCUCGUCCAUUCCUCUUGGUAAUUCGGGGUAUAAAGUGUUACGGUAGCUACUUGUUGAAGAUGAUAUGCCAAGAAAAUACUCGAGAUCAUUGAUCAAGCUACUUUUCUUCGUUAAGUAGAUGCACACUGUAUAAUUUAACAGCAUUGGCAAGUUUAAUGCCCAAAAAACAGCCUGACUGACAUUUUUUUCAGAACCAAUCUUUAUCUCAUGUACAAGGUCGGAGAUGGCUCAUAGCGCCACUCCGUCGAAAAAGUACGGCAGAUACGAAUGUAAUACCCUUUCUAAUACUACAGAGUACAAGAUGAAUAGUAUUAAGAGCAGGUUGGUUCAAAACCGGACCAAAAAACUCGCAAAUUUCCACGUGGAACCAAAAACCUGGGACACCCAAAAUUUUAAAAAAAUCGCCAUAACGUCAGAGUACUGAAGCCAAUUGGGAUGAAACUUCGCAUAGCUUAUUCUCAAAGGUUGGUUAACACUUGUGUAAAAUUUCAUGGCAUUUGAGAAAAAACCCCCAGAGAUAUGAUCAAAAGAUGGGGUGGAACCAAAAACCUGGGACGCACUGUAGCUGUAACUCUAACAGGAGACUUGAGAUUGGCCUAAAAUUUGUUGCAAAUAGUCUUGAAGCUCUAUGUUUCAAUUUCUAAAACUAUGAGCUUGAAAUUUACAAUAUGAAUAUCAUUUAUGUUACACUUGAUCACCUGAUGUCUAAUCCAAAUUUUCUUUUCAGGAUGAAUGCGAGCUGGUCCUCUUCGAAAAUGUGUGCCUGGAGAAUGCUCGAGAAACCUUUUUGUUGGCCAAUGACUUCGAUUUGAAGCUGCUUUUGGUCAAGUGCGGCGGGAUUUUGUACUACGGCUUUGAUAUUGGCGGCUUGGAGAACUGUCUGCCUGAACAGAAUGUUGCAGACCCAGAGCAGUAG